AUGGAAUCUCCUGACAUAAUGUCUUCUAAUGUAAAUAUUACGGACUCCAAUGAAUCAGGAAACAUGCAACACCAUAAAAGUGAAGAUUUUUCUGACCUGCGGGAUCAUGUUAUUGCUAAUUUUCAAAAACCUAACUUACCCAAUAUUAAUGUUCCAGAGAAAAUUAUAAUCUGUUUAGAUAUUUGCUACGAUAAUCAAAAUUCUCUCUAUCGCUUGGGUGAUGGCACAACAUUUACACCUGUGAAUAUGCUCAAAAGAAUUUUAGAUUUCUUUUUGUAUUCAAAACAUGCUAUUAACAAGAGAACAGAAUUUGCUUUACUUGUCUUAAAAGAUAGUGAGCCUUGUUGGUUACAAAACUUCACAAAUAAUUUAAAGGACAUCAUAAGUGUUAUUGACUACUUAAAUGCAGAAGAGAGUACCUCAGAAAUAUUUGAUUUUGAAAAAAUAUUCCAAAUAUUAAAGCAAGAAAUACAAAUACCUGAAUACUGCCAGGCAGAUUGUAUUUUGCCCCCACCAUAUGUGGUGAGGAUGAUAGUUUUAUAUGGAAGAUCUAAUUGUGUCCCUCAAAUUCCACAAGAUGACCCUUAUUUUAUUUAUCUUAAGAAACAAUUUUAUUUCUAUACUGACAUUUUAUUAGCACAUGAGGAAGAUUGUGCACUCUAUAAAUGUGAAGAAAUAUAUGAUGCACUACAAGAUUUAGACAAUGGAUAUUCUUAUGUAUAUGAGGUAUCAAGAAAUGCAACAAAAAUUCAUGACUGUGUUGCAAAACUUUUAGCUCAUCCCUUACAGAGGCCAUUACAAAAAAAUACAGACUAUACUUUUGGAUGUAGAUAUUAA